UAAAAGUUACAUCAUUGAGUAGGACAAGAUAUUGUUUAACAGCUGUCAAAUAUCGAUAAUGGAGCAAAUUUGUUUAUUAUUUGUGUUACCAAUGCACGUUUUUAACUUAAACCAAAUGGAUUAGUGCAAAAAAUAUGGGUGCGAAUAUAUCCCAACUGGAACGAGAUAUUGGCUCUGAACAGUUUCCUUGUAACGAACACUAUUUUGGAUUAGUAAAUUUUGGAAAUACUUGCUACAGUAACUCUGUCUUACAAGCCCUAUAUUUUUGUAAGCCGUUUAGGGAUAAAGUAUUAGAAUAUAAAGCAAAAAAUAAAAGGACUAAAGAAACUUUGCUUACAUGUUUAGCAGAUCUCUUUCACAGUAUUGCUACUCAAAAGAAGAAAGUAGGAUCAAUUGCCCCAAAAAAAUUUAUAGCAAGGCUAAGAAAAGAAAAAGAGGAGUUUGAUAACUAUAUGCAGCAGGAUGCUCAUGAGUUUUUGAAUUUUUUAAUAAAUCAUAUUAGCGAAAUAAUAUUAGCGGAAAGACAACAAAAUUCAACAACUAACAAUGUUAAAUCAAAAGGAACUGGUGAAAAUGGAACUACUACUCAUGCUUCACAGGAACCCACGUGGGUCCAUGAGAUAUUCCAGGGUAUCCUUACGAGCGAGACGAAGUGCCUAAACUGCGAAAAUGUGAGCAGUAAAGAUGAAGACUUUUUCGAUUUGCAAGUAGACAUCGAACAAAACACUUCAAUCACACAUUGUUUGCGAUGUUUCAGCAAUACUGAAACCCUCUGCAGUGACAACAAAUUCAAAUGUGACAAUUGUUGUAGCUAUCAGGAAGCUCAGAAACGCAUGAGAGUGAAAAAAUUGCCAGCAAUCCUUGCUUUGCAUUUAAAGCGUUUUAAAUAUGUUGAGCAGUAUAACAGGCACAUUAAAGUGUCUCACAGAGUGGUGUUUCCUCUAGAACUUAGGCUUUUUAAUACAUCUGACGAUGCAGUCAAUCCCGAUAAGCUAUAUGACCUUGUUGCCGUUGUGAUACAUUGUGGAAGUGGUCCCAAUCGAGGCCAUUACAUCAGUAUAGUAAAAAGUCAUGGAUUUUGGUUAUUAUUUGAUGACGAUCAAGUAGAUAAAAUAGAUGCUUCAACAAUAGAAGACUUCUAUGGCCUGACAUCCGAUACCCAGAAAUCAUCAGAAACGGGCUAUAUCCUUUUUUAUCAGAGCCGAGAGAGUUUAUGAGUAGUGGUGCUGCGUCUGCCUUAAGUUACAAGGAAUCAUAACGGUGUGGUCACCAAUUCACUAGAGAAUGAGAGAGAAAACGAUAUAAGCCAUUUUUCCUGUAAAUAUGUUUUUCGGGCCAAAGAUAAUCAAACGUACUUUUGCGGAUUUCUUAUUCGAUUUGUAAGUUUUAUUUUUAUUGUUGAAUAACUAUGUUUUUUUGCCUUUAUUUGCCAUCUGAGUGACAAUGCCUCAUUUGUGUUGUUGAAGGCAGCUCAUUUCAAAGAGUAAACUUGGCUGAGAUGAAAAUCUACUUGCAGCUUGUGAGAAAGGGAACAUAAGGACUAAGUUUUGGUUUUGAUUGUUGCAUCAUCAGACUUUCAGACAAAUGAAUAUUAAGCUUUGAUUAAUUCCAGUAGCGUUUUAAAUAUUCUAAACUACUUACCUACCAGCAUAUUUUUAUCUUAAUGGAAAUUGCUUUUUGCCCAAAUUGAGUAAAAAAUAUGAAUAAUUCAAAGUUUUCAAAAUAUCUCCUAUAAACAUGACCACUGUUUUUCUUAAAAUAUUGCAUUUUAGUUUUAUACCAAAAAGUUUAUGACAAAUAGUUGAAAUUGCAUUGUAUAAUAACAUCAAAUCAGUGAUACUAUAUUUUAUCAUUUCCUGGAAGAUCAUUGAUAAAACAUUUAAUAAGGUUUAAUUUUUCUUCCUACAGGGAAGGUCAACUAGUGUGAUUUGAUUAUUCAAGGGGCAUAGAUGUCUGGACCGCUCAAUUUUUAAAUAACCAUAAUUGUUAUAUUUUCACACCCUUAAAAUCUUUGAGAAUGUAAUUUUUUCACUCAAUUCCUGAAAUUUGAUUAUUUCUAAUUUAUAGUUUCACAUAAAAAAUACAACUUUUGCAAGAAACUCUGAAAACAAAGAAUUCCAAUUGAUCGAAUUGUUGAAAACCAUGUGAAUGUUUAUUAAGGAAGGCUAUUAUUUAGGCUCUUAUUUAGAAGCAAUAGCAAAUAACGGUACAAAUAAAAAUGUUUUUUGCAUGUUUUAAUGGUGAAGUAAUGUAAGCGUCAUAAUUAAUUAUCUAUCUUUGAUUGCCUUUCUUAACAAGAAUACCCAAUUUUUUCAGGUAUCGGAGAUUUGCUUGGGUAAAUAUUUUUUUAGAGAAUACCAAAUUAUUUCAAAGUCCUCUUGCUACAUAUGCAAUAAAUUCCUUUUUUGCAGUCAAUAAAUAUUAUUUUCAUUGCGAUAACUUUUCGGCCACAACUAUUUCAAAAUAUCAAAAAAAAUGUGAGGUUCCUUAUAAAUUUAGAGAUAAAUAUAGGUACAAUAAGUUUCUUUAGUAUACUUAUACCUAUAGUCGGUAUAACCAUGUAGUUACAUGAGCUCAUCAUAAUAUUCUAUGAUGGUUUAUUAUGUUUCGGUGCCGAAGUGAAUUUCAGAUCGAUACUAUUAAAAUGUACCAGAAGCACCACUCUUUGAAAUGGCAUUUGGAAGAAACCCUCAGUGAUACUAGAUGAUGUUUUUCUGUUUUAACCAACACAGCGAAAGAUUUUAGACAUAAUUUUUUUAAAUUAAACUAAAUGCAAACGAAGAUAUUCCUGUAGAUACAAUUUGUUCUGUAACAGGAUAAUAUUUAUUUAAAUUAAGUAAAACCAGCGCGCGGAACUAGUCCGAAUAUGAUGUCAUUUGAUUGUUAUGUUAUUUGAACAUCAUAGAUGCACACAAAUACCUUUAACAUUUUUGUAUUAUCUCUUUUGCAAAACUUGGGAAAAUUCAAUAAACAAAUUGUCCGGUAACAUUUCAAUUAAAUUGUCAUCAAAUUAUUUUAUGAGUUCACGUUUUAGUGCAAUUAUGUAGUUUCUAGGGAAAUUUGUCAAGAUUGUAUCUUCUACAUUGUCGCAUUUCCGUCACAGAAUGUCUGAUUUUCCUAAGAACUCCAAAUGGUGGAGUGGAAGUGAUCUUAUUUAUAUUUUUUUUUUACGUUUUGAUGUCAGUAGCCCAUUCAAAUUAAACUUUAGGCGUAUUAACAUUAAUAUAGACUUUUUUGGUGCUUUUGAAUUGGUUGUCUGAAACUAAUUUAAAUAAUCAGUAUUAAUUAUUUAGUGUGCAGAAGCUUCUUUGACGCAUAAGUGGACUCCAGGUUAGGAUAAAAUAUGCAUUUAUCAUUGCUGGAAAAUAAAUGUUUUUUGUUUCUCUUUAGGAAACUUGAAUUAAUGCAGAUAUAAAUACAUCUUCGUUUAAAAUAUUUUAAGUAUUAUUUGACAUUUUUUUUAUCAGUCUGAAUUAAUGAUGAUUUCUUGGUAACCAGCGCAUUAUCAUUUUUAAUUUGAAUGGUGCUAUAGAAGUGAAUUUUACUAAUUUACAAUUUCUAUGUUAAAUCAAGAAUUAAGAUAUUUAUUUUGAUGUUUCCUUUAUUCUAGGUGUUACAAGGUGUGUAAAAAUUAUCGCUCAUAUUUUAAACUUUUUAUGAUUAAUUUCUUUGUAAAUAUUCAAACUAUAUAUUUUGACAUUUUUGUAUAUUUUGAGUCUUUUCAUUUUAAUGAUGUUUUAUACACCUUGUAGUUUUAUUGUUAUUUUGUUGACUAGUUAUUAUUGAGCAAUAAAUUAAUGAAAAUCACUUUGUAAAAAUGUAUAAAGUAAGAAUAACUUACUAAUAAUAAUGUUAAGCUGAGAGAUUUAAUAAUGCAAGUCAAAGCAAAGUAUGUAUUGUAAAGGAGUAAAGUUCACACGCCUUCUUGUAACUUUUUUCAAAAUGUAAAUUAUUUUUUAAAAUAUUGUCGAAUUUUAGAACAUUACUAAUGAAAGGACUGCUAAGCAGAUU